GUAUGACGGCCUGUCAGAGACAUUUCUGAAGUGUCCUGUGCCCAAGCUGCUUCUGCUAGCAGGGACUGACAGACUCGACAGAGCAUUGACAAUCGCUCAAAUGCAGGGAAAGUUUCAAAUGCUAGUAUUGAGAAACUGUGGCCAUGCAAUACAGGAGGAUGAACCUGAUCAAUUUGCCGACUCGGUACUUGCAUUCAUCACCAGGAACCGAAUCGGAGGGCCAGGAAUCGACAUUGCAGCAAUUAGGCAGCGAUUCAGCUUCAAGCGUGAGGGAGGUGCAGGAGUGUGCGAAAGGGAGAGUGGGAGCGAGAGGAGCAGCGUGCAAACAGGCGGCAUUUCUGCAGACAAGGCAGGCGAUUCUGCAAGGACACAAAACUAGAGCAGCAUGCAGAGAGGUGGCAUGUUUCCAAACAAGCGAGAGGAGAUCCUGCAGGACCAGGUUGGAUGGAGGGGUUGAGAGGAGGAGGGAGGGGGUGGCAUUUGUGUGUGUUAUGUUUCCAAUGUUUUUUUUCUGCGCACGCUUUAAUCCUGUUCAUUUUCCUCUUCCUUGUAAUGACUUGCUGACGUGAAGCAAAUUCAGAAUCCAUGACACUGAAGUUGAGGAAUCCGAUCAUGCGGAGGCAGGCAUGCCCUACAUUACAAUGAUUUUUAUCCCCUUUCCCCCAAGUUCCUUGACCCUAACCACCCCUCCCAUCCCCUGUCCUGGGCCUUCUUUUGGUACUGUUUUGGUCCCCCUGUCAUGGGGUUACGACCGGUGGGAUCCAAAAAGAUUGAUACAAAAUUUCGAGCAUUCUGCGUCGUGUUCUUGCACGUAUUGUCGCCGCACAAUCGAUGAUUUGUCUUGGUAAUUUGUUACCUCAUUUUUUGGUUUGUGAAAGCUGUUUCCUUGCUAAGGUACCCUCUAGAAUGAAGCGACCGGCUUGUCUUCAGCAAGCUUAGUCUCGAAGUUCCCCUCCAGAAUCGAGUGACCCUCCCGACUCCAGAGGGUAGGCUCUCGAGUUUAGCUUCCAGAAUCAAUCAAGCGACCCGCCUGUCUUCUGCAGACUUAGUCGUGAAGAAGGUAGGCUGUCGAGAGUAGCCUCCAGUCUCGCAGUUCCCAUUCAUAAUCGAGUGACCCUCUUAACUCCGGAAGGUAGGCUCUCGUGGUCAUAGCCUCAAGAAUCAAGCGACCCACCUGUCUUCUGCAGACUUGGCCUUAAAGAAGGAAGGCUCUCGAGGGUAGCUUCCAGAAUCUCGUCUGCAGACUUAGUCGCGAAGAAGGUAGGCUCUCGAGGGUGGCCUCCAGAAUCUCAGGCGUGAUAGCGAAGGAAAAACGUUGCAGCUUAGUCUCAAAGAAGUAGGCUCUCGAGGGUAACUUCCAGAAUCUCUUCUGCGGACUUGGUCUCAAAGAAGGUAGGCUCUCGAGGGUAGCCUCCAGAAUCUCAGGCGUGAAUCGCAUGAUAGCAAAGGAAGCGCUGCAGCAGUCCACAGCAAGAUGGACACGACUUGCCAGCUUACGCUACGCUGCGCUCAUGUGAGCCACAUAGUCCGUACCCUCUUGUCUUCUGCAGACGUGAUCUCAAAGAAGGCAGGCUCUCGAGAGUAGCCUCCAGAAUCAAGCGACCCUCUUGUCUUCUGCAGGUGUUGUCUCAAGGAAGGUACACUCUCAAGGGUAGUCUAUCAGACUUGUCUUCUGCAGGCGUUGUCUCAAGGAAGGUACGCUCUCAACGGUAUAGCCUAUUAGACUUGUCUUCUGCAGACAUAGGUCUGGAAGCUGACCUCUUGAGGGUGGCCUCCAGAAUCAAGUGACCCUCUUGCCUCUGAAGGCUUAGUAUCGAAGCUGACUAUCGAAGGUAUUCUCCAGAUGACCAAGUGACCUUCUUGUUGUUGGUAGACAGUGUCUCGAAGGUAGCCUCCACAAUCCACUGACACUUUGAGUGCAAUCGUUAUCGUGAACGGAAGUUUCAGCAUCUGGUGGGCGAAACCUGACUGCCGUCGUCAUCAUCGUGAAUGAAACACUGUGCCCGUG